GGCGCUGACUCACGCCGUCUGCUCCGCGUCUCCUCCUACUCCUCCUGCAGCUCGCCCCCACCCACGCACCCUUCCGCCGCGGUCCCGGGGAAUUUCUUUGUGGCGUCUGCAGCUGUGCACGGUCGCGUAUAUAAGGCCACGGGGCGAUCUUUUUGCCAGCCAAGGCCGCGGCCCGUGCAGUGAACGCUGGGACGUCGCCAUGUGGAGGAGCGCACCCUUGACCGCGCCGGCGCUGCUGCUGCUGCUGCUGCUGGCCGCCGGAUGGCCGCAGUCGCUGGCCGCCCCGGUCGCUGCCGACGACCGCGACGCAGUGCCGCCCGCGUUCGCGCUAGAUUUCAUGAAGCAGUAUGGUUAUCUGGAUCCAAGCUCACAAGUAUCUGAGUCUCUGUACAAAAAUGAAGACAUGGUUGAAGUCAUCAAACAGGUGCAGAGAUUUGGGGCUCUUAACCAAACAGGCAUUCUUGACAAUGCAACACUUCAGUUAAUGAAAUCCCCAAGAUGUGGAGUUCCUGACAUCAAGCAUACCAACAGGACAAGGAGCAAGAGAUAUAUUGUGGGAUCUGAUGGCUGGAAGAAAAGACAUAUUACCUACUUUAUAGCCAACUGGUCUCCUAAGAUUGGUGAAGAAGCAGUUGUUGAACAAGUUCAGCGAGCAUUUAGCACAUGGGCAGGAUAUGCAAGACUAAACUUCUCACUCAUAGCAGAUCCUGCAGCUGAUAUUAUCAUUGCUUUUGGUCGAGGACCUCAUGGUGAUCCAUUUCCUUUUGAUGGGCCAGGCAGUAUACUGGCUCAUGCCUAUUAUCCAUAUGAAAUGGAUCAGUAUGGUGGAGAUGUCCAUUUCGAUGAAGAUGAAAACUGGAAAGUAAAGUUAGAUGGACCUUAUGACGAUGGAGUGGAUUUCUUCACAGUUGCUGUACAUGAGCUUGGUCAUAGCCUGGGAUUGGCUCACUCCGAUGUGCCCUCCUCGAUUAUGUUUCCGUACUACAAAGGCUUUCAGGAAUCAUUUCAGCUUGGUUAUGAUGAUAUUCUUGCUAUGUAUGACCUAUACAUUUCUCGUAGUCUGGAAGAUGACAAUGAAAUUAAUCCUGGGGUUGUACCUAGUGGUACUGAUGACAGUGACAGUGAAACUCAGGACAGAGAUGAGGAUAGCAACCACGUCCCAGAUGUGCCAAGCACAGAUGAAAAUAGUUCUGAAGGAGAUGAUGAAACUCAUCAUCCUGUAACUCCCACAGCAGGUAAACCACAGCCAAGGCAGCCAGAUUAUCCCACCAGUACUGGUGUGACAUUUGAAGAUGAUUAUGAGACUGUUGAUGAGCAUCGUGAGCAUGAACGACAUCAGACAACUGAGGCUCCACUUGACAAAUCUGAUCCUUGCCUUGGUAACUAUGAUGCAGUAUCAGUACUUAGAGGUGAACUCUUCUUCUUUAAGGGAGAGAUGAUGUGGAGAAUGUCAGGUCGAGGUUUAAUUCAGCCAGGAUAUCCUGUGAAUUUUCGGCAUAUGUUCUGGAGAUUCCCAAACACUGUUACAAAAAUAGAUGCUGUGUAUCAGAGGGAUACAGACAGCAGCAUAGUUUUCUUCACAGGAAAUAAAUUUUGGGUGUUCAAUGGUGAAACAUUCAUUGAAGGAAGCCCUCAGCCCAUUACAACACUUGGCUUACCUGCAUCUCUGACACAUUUAGAUGCAGCCAUGGUAUGGGGUAAAAAUGGAAAAACAUUCUUUUAUAGUGGCGAUCAGUACUGGAGGUUCAAUGAAACUACCAAACUGAUGGAUCCAGGCUAUCCUAAGAACAUCAGCAGAUGGAGGGGAGUUCCCCAGAACUUAGAUGCUGCUAUGACAUGGACAGAUGGUCUUACUUACUUCUUCAAGGACAAACUAUUCUGGAGAUUCAACAACAUGCUAAUUAAGACUGAUGACCAGUACCCACUGCCUGCUCCAACAACGUGGUUCGGUUGUCCUCCAUAACCAUUAUUUAAAUAUGAUUUAA